CUCGAUGAGGCAGCAGAGGGGAGGGGAGGGUCCGUACUGCUUAUAAAAAUCCCAGCGUCAGAAUCCGACUCCACAAACUCACCACACACACACACACACACACAUCUGAUGGUUGUGCUCUCUUUUUCUCUCUCUCUCUCUCUCUCUCUCUCUCUCACUCCAUCCCCGUGGACUCUUGCAUCCUUCCGUCUUCUUCUCACAAGUGUUUGGAAGUGCGCUCCGAAUGUCCGCCUCCGUGCGCUCAUUCCAGACUGACUGACUGACUGACUGAGCGCAGCCGGGAGGUCCGUCAAGUGUAUGUGGGUCUCUGCCGGGUGCUCCCCCCCGCCGCUGCACCUCUCGCAUCCUUCCUCGGGAUCCGCGGGUCCUCUUCCUCGGCGAAAGGCUCCCCACACCAAGCGGUCACCAUUUCCGCCCCAGGGAGACCCACGCUGGCCGCUCAGCCCCUUCCCCGACUCAGCAUCGGGAGGAAGACACUGGUGGCGGCCGCCGUGGGGGUUAUGCUGGUCCUGGUCCUGGUGGUGCUCAUACCCGUGCUGGUCAGCUCCGUGGGCACAGACCCCAGCCACUAUGAGAUGCUGGGCACCUGUCGGAUGGUGUGCGACCCCUACCUGAACAAGGGCACCCCUAGCAGCAGCACCAGUUCCACGGGGCUCCAGGCGGAAGCGGAGGCGCUGAGCGACCACAGCAAUGUCCUGCCGCCCUCGACCCUUUUACAGGGCCCGCAGGGAAAACCCGGUAGACCCGGGAAGCCGGGGCCGCCGGGGCCGCCGGGGGAACCGGGGCCGCCCGGACCGGCCGGGCCUCCGGGUGACAGAGGGGACCAAAGCAGGACUGGGAUUUUGGGAUUGGGAGAAAAUGGAGCUAUCAGCACGGCCACCUACAGCACCGUACCCCGGGUGGCCUUCUAUGCCGGCCUCAAGAACCCCCACGAAGGCUACGAGAUCCUCAAGUUCGAUGACGUGGUCACCAACCUGGGCAACAACUAUGACGGCAUCUCGGGCAAGUUUGUGUGCAGCAUCCCGGGCACGUACUUCUUCAUCUACCAUGUCCUGAUGAGGGGGGGGGACGGCACCAGCAUGUGGGCUGACCUCUGCAAAAACGGGCAGGUUCGUGCCAGCGCCAUCGCCCAGGACGCGGACCAGAACUACGACUACGCCUCCAACAGCGUCAUCCUCCACCUGGACGCUGGGGACGAGGUCUACAUCAAGCUGGACGGCGGCAAAGCGCACGGCGGCAACAACAACAAAUACAGCACCUUCUCGGGUUUCAUCCUCUACGCGGACUGAGGAGCGCGCGUGCGUGACGUCAAACGGUCACUGACUGAAACGAAAAGAGCCGUGGGGUGGAGAGGAUGUGUGUUCAACGGUCUUCUAAGUCCCGCCCCCCACCCCCAAAAUCCCUCACAAUUUCUUCUUAUCUCCAUUAUCA